AUGGCGAGCUCUCAGUGCUGCGAUAACCCGCCAGCCCUGAACCCAGCCAGCGGGGAGGGCAAGGUCGUCGACAGCUUCGGCGGGCUCAAGGCCUACGUCGCCGGCCCCGAGGACUCCAAGGCCGCCGUCGUCCUCGUCGCCGAUGUCUUCGGUACUUGCUUCGUUUUCCUCCGAAUCUGCUUCCCCUCGAGAUCUUUCGCUUGGGGGUACUUUGUUGUGGUACCGGAUUUCUUUCAUGGGGAUCCUUAUGUACCUGAGAAUGGGAAGCCCAUCCCUGAGUGGCUAAAGUCACAUACUCCGGAAAAAGGGUUUGAAGAGGCAAAACCAGUUAUUGCGGCUCUAAAGGAGAAGGGAGUGUCUGCUGUUGGAGCUGCAGGGUAUUGCUGGGGUGCAAAGGUUGUUGUGGAGUUGGCAAAAGCUCAUGAGAUCCAAGGUGCUGUACUGUUGCACCCUUCUUUUGUUACCGUUGAUGAUAUCAAAGAGGUCAAAUGCCCAAUUUCUAUACUCGGAGCUGAGAUUGACAAAAUGUCCCCACCAGAGUUAGUCAAGCAAUUCGAGCAGGUCCUUUCUGUGAACUCAGGGGUUGGUCACUUCGUCAAGAUCUUCCCUGGUGUGGCGCAUGGAUGGAGCGUGAGAUACAGCCACGAUGAUGCAGCUGCCGUGAAGAGUGCUGAGGAAGCCUUUGCGGACAUGCUCGACUGGUUCAACAAGAACUUGAAAUGA